AUGCCCAUCACGAAGCGCGGAAAGAGAUCGCGGCCCGGCAGUGCAGCCGACACGCCGAAUGCGCAAACAUCGGAGACACUGGGCAUCCACAACCUGCUGGAGGUGGCCAAGCCAUUCAAGAGCGCAUCAUACAAGAGCCAGCGGCGGUGGAAGAAUCUGAAGCAGGUGGUUGCGCAGGAAGAGCAGCGGGCAGAGUGGCCGGUCGAGUUUCCGACGUACUGGUCGGUGGAUGCGCCGCCAUCGCUGAUGCCGCAGAAAAAGUACUGCGACCUGACUGGCCUGCCGGCAAAAUACACAGACCCAAAGACCAACUUCAGGUACUGCUCGGCUGAGGUGUACCAGAUUCUCAAGACGUUGCCGCCGGGCGCUGAGCAGCAGUACCUGGCGCUGAGGAAUGCCAACGUCGUGCUGAAAUAG